AUGGCCUCAUCAUACCCCCCCUCUCAGACCACCAUGACGGGCUAUAUUCCUGGGUCUGUCUCGUUCGCAGAGGCCCAGUCGCAUCACCAGCAUAAUCCCCUCGCGGCCUAUUCAAUCCUGGGUACCAACCACUACCCAGAGAGCGUCGCAUAUUGGCAUAAUCCCUCAGCGCAACCUCAACCGCCGCUUCCCGCCGCUUCCUAUCCGUCGGGUCCCCCGAAACCGCAGUCAUUGAUGCAACCCACCCCCGAUCCGAAGAAGCACAAGCGUACCCGCAGUGGCUGUUUCACUUGUCGAUCCCGCCGUAUAAAGUGCGAUGAAACUCGCCCUGUCUGUGACAGAUGUCGGAAAGGAAACCGUGACUGUGUCUAUCCUUCUACCAACACUCCGGGCGCGUCCAAGUCUGCCAGCGCCCGCGGCACCUCCAAGGCGCGCAGCAGCCAAGCUCGCGCCGCAGAGGGAUCUACCAGUCCCCGAGAAUCUGAGGACGUGCGUGCGUUGGAGGUCAUAGCAGAUGAAGAGGAAGAUGCGGAUAGCGUGGGGUCCAGUGCGCAUCUGUCUCCCACAAUGACCCAACCCCCGACGGUGGCAGCGCGGCCCAAAGCCAACGUAUCCAAGAAACAAAGUGCUCAGUCACUAAGGCGCCGAAAAGGAAACUCCUCCGUUGCCUUGGACACCACACCCUUGCGUACCGAGACUAGCGCAUCCCCUUCUCCCUCUACUGAGACUUCUUCGCACGUCGAGUCUCUCAGCGCCCGGUCGGCCAGUUUGGGUGUUUAUCCAUUGGAGUCGGCAACUGGUCUUUUGGCUCUUGCUCAUAUCCCAGAUGACUUGCGUUUCUACCUUCGUUAUCAUUGCGACUUUAUCACAUAUCGACAUUAUUUCCUCCGGCCAUCGAAUGACAUCUUUGUCCGACAUACCAUAAUCGAGUUGGCGUUGCAGUAUGAACCACUUCUGUACGCCGUUGUGGGAUUCUCGGCGUACCAUCAUUGCGUGCAGACUAGGACCGGUCGACUUUAUUCGUUUCUGAAAUACUAUAAUACUGCCUUGAAGCUGUUACGAAAAUCCCUUGGCUCAGGCGAGCCACACAAUGAGGCUACGUUAGCCACUGUCCUAGUCCUUACUACCUUCGAGGAAUUCAUCGGAGACUGGGUCAACUUGAUUGACCAUCAUCAGGCAGCUCAUGCCUUGAUGCGAGAACUCUUGACACCUGAUUCGAUCAAUACGAACGAGCUCCACCAACAUAUUUUUCUUUGGUAUGCGCGCUUUGACGUAGUGGCGGGAAUCCUGGCGGGUAACGAAGCGGUCCUGAGCCGGGAAUGGUAUGUUGCGAAAGAAGAAUAUGACGCUCAGCAGGCGGCCAACGACCCAGGCAAUGUGGACAAGCAAUUGGCUUGGGCCAUGUCAAUCAAUCGUCGAUUUGGACUAGAGAUGGCUUCAUUGUAUGCCAAACUGUCACGCGGCAUGAUCCCAAUCGACGAGUUCAUUAUGCAAAAUGAACUAUUGGGACAGACUCUGGAGCGAAUGCGGGGCAUUCUGGUCCAUUUCCAAGAUUCCGAGUACACGGUUCAGGAUUAUCCCCAUCGCGUAUUAUUGACUGAGGACGAUGUUGUGGAUCCAUAUGUGCCGGGCGGCAUGCAUUGUGGCCCUCUGUGGGAGGUCAACGUCGUGUGGAUUGAUUACUUGUCCACCAAGGCCAUGUUCAAAUAUCAGUCGUUUCUAGCCCUGCGCCAAACGUCAAUCACCGAAUUGGAGGAACUUUCCCUGGAACAGUGUCGAUUGAUGGAGUCAGUUGAUCGGUGGCCAGGCAAGGAGAACGGCGCCAUUAUGGCGUUCAAAAACAGCAUUGGCAUGGCGGCUAUGUUUCUCCCCAAGCAGGAGAAAUAUAUCAUGUGGGCGCGGCGAAAGUUCGCCUCGUUGGAACAACAGGGCUAUGUUGUCGCAGCCCGAUUCCGAUCCGCGAUGGCGGCAAUCUGGCAAUUGCCGGAGAUUGACCGCUGGUGGCUUCCCAAUGACGAGAAUUAUCCAGACCUCAUUCGCGAGGUACGCGCGAUGACUGAAGAGCGCAUCACUCAUCCUCGCGAUCACUUCCGGGAGGAUGUGCGCGACAUGAAAGCGUUGUUCUGGAAUAUCAGCCUCGAUGAUACGGAGAGUGAUAAUAGUCCGGUUUCGGUUCCUCAUGCCGCAGAUGCACGGCCCACAUGA